AUGGGGAGCUUCAUCCUCUUCCUCUGUGGCUCAACCUCCUCCAUGGUCAUCUUUGCUCUCAUGCUCACUUCCCUCAAUCUCUUGAUUGACCUCUUCUCCUUCCUCUUCACUCUCAGUCUCAUCACUUCCUUCUUCACUUGGAGAGCCAUUUCCCUCCUCUUGAACAAGGUUCACUCCAAUCUCAAACUCCCCUUGCUCACUCUCACUACUAAUGGGGUCAUUCCUCUUCUUGGUCUCCUUUCCUCCCUCAACCUCUCGCUCUCAGACUCUCCUCAGAGAGACACCCUCUCUGCAUCAGACUCUUCCAUCUCUGGUUCCUCUCUCUUGAUCUCAAAUCCUUCAUCUUGCCCUUUCUCUCAUUCUUCUUGCUUCUCUCCCUUCUUUCUGAAGCGCGCUUCCCUCACUGUCAACUCUUGA